AUGCCACCGGACAUUCCGGGCACGAAUCGGACUUGUUGGUCAUCUUCGAACCAACUGCACCUCUCGAACUGCUCCAGCCAUCGUCCCCCCGCCCGCCUCUUCCUCGUCCUCUCUACCGCCAACUAACUCUGACACUCCUUCUGCACCACCCCUUCCAUCCUCUUCCUCGUCCUCCCUCUCCACUGCCCCAGCGGUGGCCGUUCAGACAGCCGUCUCACACAUCACCAACCCCAACACAACAACCGCCACCACCCGCACCUCUCCCGAUCCCAGUGAUGAGAAUCAGGACUGCACCUGCCCUCACUGCGACCGUACCUUCACAUCACGCAUCGGCCUGGUCUGUCACUUGUGAAUCCAUCGCACAGAGACGGGCGAACCAGUGCAUGGAGCACAAACCUACACCCACCGCACUCGCCUCUACUGCCCACAAUGCCCUCGCACCUUCAGGCAUCGCAUGGGCCUAUUCGGCCACAUGCGCAUCCACGAGAGCGGAAUUGACCGCAGCCUUGACACACCCACCCCGCCGAGCCCCACUCCCAAUCCAUCACCCUGUGCACCCACUAACCACUCCCCAGCCGACAUCGAUGCCACCGACCUUACCACCCCUUACUCCUCCCCUUCCUCCUACUCCUUCUCCUUCACUGCCACAACGACGGCCGCUUCGGCGUCUGUCGCCCACGACUUCACCACAGCCGAACCUGGCACAACAACCGGCACAACCCCUGCAACCUCCAUCAUCAGACGUGAGGGCCAGGGCUACAUCUGCCCUCACUGCGAUCGCACCUUCACUUCACGCAUCGGUCUGGUCGGUCACUUGCGAAUCCAUCGCACAGAGACUGGCGAACCAGUGCCUGGAGCACCAACCUACACCCACCGCACUCGCCUCCACUGCCCACACUGCCCUCGCACAUUCAGGCAUCGCAUGGGUCUAUUCGGCCACAUGCGCAUCCACGACGACCUGCGGUAG